GGCAAAGAUGACAUGGGAAGUAAUAUAAAGCGUACUUACAUUGAGUACAAGUCUGCUGAAAUCAAUAUUUUGCUAUGAUGUAGCGAUGCGUUGGCCAUCGACUCGAAGUAGAUGCUGAUGUCAACAGACAAGAGUCUUCGAUGCAGUAGUAUGAUUGUAAGAACACAUUGCUUCCUGCUGUUGUUUGUCCCCGCCUGCUUGCCGUCUACAGAACAGAUCGAAGUGCUGGAUUGGGUUGACAGCAAGGGCGGAUAUGCUCAUCUGUCUGUGGGCACAGUCAAUGAUGCAGGGCUGAGAGGCACCCUCGCAACGCGAGACAUAGCCGAAGGAGAGACCUUGGCAUACAUUCCAAGGGAGCUCAUUGUCGAAUUUGGGGCGCCAGCGCAUGAUAAGCCACCAGAGAACGCCGCGCGGCUGCUGGCGCGGCAGCGGAGGGACCCAGCCUGGCACGCGGCGUUCCUGCCCUACUGGCGCAGUCUGCCCGCCCCCGCCAGCCGGGCAAUAUUCUGCAAGGAGAUGUUCACGCAGCGCCACAGAGACCUGCUGCAGGACGCCGAGAUGGCGGCGGUGGUGGUUGAGGAGACAGGGGUGGCGAGGCAGGUCUACAACGGCAGCAGCAGCUGGUGGCAGCGAUGGCUGGGGCAGGCGCCACCUGUCAGCCUGCAAGGUCUGCUGCCAGAAGGAGCCGCGCAUAAAAUCUCCUGGCAAGAGUUUGCCCACACAACCUGCCACGUGGGCGCAUAUGGGUUUGGCUGCCGGGGCGCGUGGGGCGGGCGGCGGGUGUGCUUGGUGCCAUUGCUGGACCUAAUGAAUCAUGCUGCUCCGGACCUGGCGAAUGUGAUUGUGCACCAGGAUGAAGGGAACGGCUCUUACGGGUGCACCGCCACGCGCGCGAUACGGGCCGGCGAGGAGGUCACGCAGACGUACUCAGCAGCGGCGCUGAGGAGCGAUUACUCACUGCUGCACUACGGCUUCGUCCUGGAUUCCGAGCGGCCGCUGCUGGCAGGCCUGGAUCACAUGGCGCGCUUCGAGCACGACAACGAUGACUUAUACCUGCAGCACCAGAGCCUGAUGUCACAUGAGGAGGCACAACGGCUCAGUGGCAUUCUGGCAUCGUUCCCCACAACAGAGGCGGAAGAUCUGCAGCUGCUGCAAGGCACGGGUGCAAUAUUCGUCCCACCCGAAGACCUUCGCUUGAGACGUGUUUCCGAGGUUGUCCCAGUCAAUCGGGAGCUUGUUGGUAUAUAG